CAUGGAAAGGAACAGAAACCGGGCCAAGAGAGCAAAUUUUUUUUUUUCCCUUCCAUCUUUGCUUUUGUGGAGGGUUGGUUGCCAGUUGCUAAAGCGGCAGGACCGUGAUGGCGGGCAGACGCGUUUUUCUCCCUCGCUAUCUCCUAGUCGCCGAGAACAGCAAGCCGGCAUGAUUGGAAGGAAACGGAAUGGAUGGACUUUGCAAAAGUGGAUCGCAGGAGGAACGCGGACUGGUCCAAAUCGAGUGGCUGCAACCAUGGCGCCGGUCGGGAAAAAAGAGUAAGGGGGGCGACAGCCAACGAGAACAGGUGCACGCCGGUGGAACUCCCAGACAAUGUGUUUACCGUGGGUCCGCCGAUCAACAAACCAGCGCUUGUGCUUGGGGGUUCUUGGGGGGUCUUGGGUGGUCUUGGGGGGGGUCUUUGCUUGGGAAAGCGAAAGUGGGCGGCGUUGGCCACCCUCCAAGAGCCGCUAGUGGAGCGUUCGGUCCAUAGAAAAACACUGAAAACACUGAAAACACUAAAAACACACUCAAAAAUACUUGUGCUAAAGCAGCCAAAUGAGCCAAACCCAUGGGUGACCGUCGCUGCUUUUGCCGCCUUUCGCCGCCGGGCCCAGCCCCCCCUGACGCCAGCUCCCCUUCUUUCCCUUCCUUUCCCUUCAUCACCCACCCCCGGCUCCUGUGAGUCAGCCUAUAUAAAGGCCCAACCUCCCACUUUCCUGACUCUGUUGGAAUUUUGAAUCUGGUCUUGGCACCGCCCGGAAAGCCAUACACACUCUUCCCGCCCGAUAUCCUCCCCCCUUCCUAUCCCCCCCCUUAUCCUCUCCACUCGUACAGUUCACAGAGCCGCUAAAUUGUUAGCUGUCUCUACUGUUUUUCGCGCUGGUCUAAGAUUCCCGGGAAGAAGUUCUUAGGAAGCCAAGAAUU